CUCCAGACCUCCCACAGACCUUGAAUACCUUCCCUGUUUUUAUACGAUCGCUCAGUUUCACCUUGUAAUUUUCUGCAACAGGCCGCCACCUUCAUUACCGAGUGAUCAUUUCGAAGGCACAAAAAUAGGCGAGAUUUUUAGCAAGACGUAGGUGCCACGGUGUAGCAGCAGUACAGUAGUUGUAUCCAUUGAUUUAUUCUUGCUCAGUCUUUUAUUUUCGAGGUUCAAGUUCUACUCGCUCAAGAAAUUACACAACUCCAAGCGGUCACUUAGGAACCUCGCGAGCAGCACCCCAAUAAAAUGGCAAUGGAGCCCGAACAAGACGUGGAGAAGACGAUUAUCACGGAGGCGCCGGCCGACGCCGCAUUUCCGGGAAAAAAUGACAUGGUCAAAGUGCAUUACGUCGGUAUAGAAAAAAAAUAAAGGAAAAACGUUCUUUUGUUUGCAUCUUCACCUAGCUUGUUCACUGCCAACAUGCCCGUGCUUGUGAUUAGGAACAAUCGUCGUGAUUGAAGAUGUGAUGUUUCACCGUUUCUUUUUCGCAAAGAAGAUGUUGAUCCUGUGCAUGUGACCGGGAGUAGAAAAUGCGAUGUAGAGAUCUUCCCUGCUCUGCGAGUGCUUGUCGUGUUUCUUGCUUGAGAAGUUUUACAGGAUGUAAAAACCACUAUCAGGCACCUUGGUGUCAGACGGCAAGCAGUUCGAUUCGUCCCGGCAGCGGGGCAAGAUGUUCGAAUUUCAGCUCGGCGCGUAUCCCACAGAAAAAAGCUGGCAGGGCAUAUUUGUAAUGCAAAAACAAAUACGCAGAAAAAUCUGUCACGGGAGGCCUCAUAGCAUGCUGUUUAGGGUACGCAAUGCAGAUUUUUUUGCGUAUUUAUUUUUGCAUUACAAAUGUGAAUGUCCCUGCCAGCUUUUUUCUGUGGGAUAGCGCGGGGAAGGUAAUUAAGGGCUGGGAAAUCGCGGUCGCCGGGAUGAUAUGCACUGCAAGUAUGUCUGGGUCUGGAAGAGUGCGACGUUUGUCAUGCUAGUCUGGCAUGAUGAUGACACUAAGCUCUGUAUUGCGUCGCCACGAAGAGCUCCUCUUUUGUGUCAUGCAAAGUGGCUGCUUCUCAUGCGGAAUACGCAACACAGAGCUGGGGUAAAAUCUGUCAUGCUUGGCGGUGCAUGACAGUGUGCUUACUUUUCACCUACAUGCAACACAACUUCCAGACCCAGACAACAUACUUGCAGUUGAUAGAUGAAGAAGGGGGAGCGGGCCAUGUUCAAGAUUCCCCACCAACUCGGGUACGGCGAGCAAGGCAGCCCGCCCGUGAUUCCAGGUGCCGCCGACCUCAAUUUCGAUAUCGAGCUGUUUGAUUUUUUCGAGAAAAAGCGGGAGAAGUGGGAAAUGACGUUCGAUGAGAAAUUGGCCGAGGCCAAAAGUGAGAAAGAAAAAGGCACGGUGGCCUUCAAGGCGGCGGAUAUGGUGAAGGCUUUUGAGCAUUGGUCAGAGGGCGUGGACUACGUCGAGGAUCUCGAUGUCAGCAUGCGGGGCGACGACGCGGAAUUCUUGGCAGAAUUGGACACGGUAGUAUGCUGAUUGUGCAUGAUGAUUGACAGCUACGAAGGUUACUUAUGGUUGCCACAGCUAGGUGCAGCUGUCGUGCAUUUGCGAUGGCGUCAUGGCUGGCAGCCUCCCUGAGGCAUUCAUUCUCAUGGAUGAUCUUGGAGGUGUUCUAGAGGAACGACAGAGAUGAUGAGCUCAAAUUCUUUCUUGUACCUAUAUUCGAUCAAAAACAAAACCACUAAAACAGCUGAAGAAGUCUUUGUACCUGAACCUGGCGCAAACCUCUUUAAAGUUGGAGGACUGGGACAACGCACUGUUGAACGCGAACAAAGCUUUGGAAAUUGAGGAAACCAACUCCAAGGCGUGGUUCCGACGUGCGGUGGCGUACAUUGCAAAAGAAGAAUUUGCACAGGUAUAGGAGAAGGAGUUUCUUCACGCGCAAACAUGAAAAUUUUAAUUGAAGCUGUACUUCAUUCAUGAGCCGCCGCGCCAUCAUUGCUCUACUGAGAUGCUGUAAGUACUACUGCCGAGCCGACCGGCAGAGUUCCCGGGCAGAAGUUGGUGUAUCGUGUUAUUUGUCGAUGAAAUUCGUGUAAAAAAGUUCCGAGCUGAUGCUGAAUGAUUUGAAUACAAAAUACAUUUACAUACAAAUUUUUGAUACGAUCCAGGCCAAGUUCGAUUUGAAGCAAGCUUUGCAGCACGACCCGAAGAACGCGGAGAUCCGGAAAAAGUUUGACGAGUGCAAAAAGAAGGAGGAGGAGUUCAAGAAAAAGCAAAAGUCCCAGUUCGGCAACAUGUUCAAGAAGUCGAUGUACAACGAGAAGGAGGAUAUCAAGGUCGCGAAGGUCCGAACCAGUGAGGACCUGGAAAAGCUUCCGCAGGUCUACUUUGACGUGCAGUUCUAUGGAAGAGUCAGAAUCGAAAUUGACAAAAUCGAAAUAAUUUGUCAUGCACAAAAGGGAUUCCAGUUCGAACCCAGUUUCUAAGUAAUGCAAGAAAAAUUUCGGGAGCGCCAAAAUUCAGUCUGUCAUGCUGUUGGGGCAAAGAAGACUGCUCCUGUGAUGCUACUCUGGCAACGCAUCGCCUUUCCCAGAACAGGCUUGCAGUCGGUCUCUUUUGCCUGCUCCCCACCACAGGCCAUACAUGCCCUACAUUUUAUGCAUUACAAAUUUUUCGACUUUGUCAAUUUCGAUCCUGACAGUUCCAUAAGUUCGGCGACAAGUCCGACCCCUUGGAGUUCUAUUCUAAGCAAAAACGUCCCCACCCCAUAGUCACGUUGGGAAUCUAGCAACACAAAUCUCCAAGUUUUGGGAGCUAUGCAUAACAAGUUGCCCUCUGCAGAAGUGUAGUGCUGAUUGGCAAGAGAUGUUGCAUGAGAAAGCCAUUUUCUCAUCCCGUUCACAGCAUUACAAAGUCCAAGACAUGAUUGGUAAUGCCUCUCAUCGAGCUGCGCAUUACAAAUGUUCCUGUGACUGCGCAUUUGCAUGACAACCCUGGGGUGGGGACGUUUUUGCUCAGAAUACGUUGAAGCGCAUCACCAUGCGCCUGUACAGCGACAUUGUCCCGAAAACUAUCCCACGAAAAAAGUGUUACAGUUACACAUUUGUUGUCAAUUUAGCAACACAGAUUUUCUCUGCAUGGGAGGAAAGACUUGCAAUGCAGAGAUCAUAAGGGAAAACACGUACCAAAUGAGGCUUAAAAGCAUUUUGUGCAUGACAGAGCUUGUCUGUCUUGCUUGGCCUGCAACACAAUGUGUAACUGUAACACUUUUUUCUUUGCAUAAAAACCGCGGAAAACUUUCGGCAACUGUGCACGGGCGAGUCAGAAAAGACGGCGACCAACGUAUUACAGUGAAAAACGCCCCCUCCCCAUAUCAAAAUGGAUAUUUCUGAUGCUGAUUUGUGGUCACAAAUCGUCUUUGUCCUGCUUAUAGGGCAACGGAAGCCAUGUGGUGCAUUUGGCAGCCAGUCUGUCAUGCGCUUUCGACUACUGCAAACCUGUUUGCCAUGCGCAAUUGAGCUAGCCUUCUGCAUACCCAAAACGGCUCAGAAAAUGCCGCAGAGCACUUUCUGCAAGACAAACCUGAUUUGUGUACGCAAAUCCAGCAUCAGAAACCUCCUUGGGAGGUGGGAUUUUUCCUUCUGAUACAACGGGCAGAAGCUGACCUACGAGGGGUGCGCAUUCCACCGGGUGAUUCCGGGAUUCAUGAUGCAGGGAGGAGAUUUCACACGGGGGGACGGUAUUGGAAUAUUUGAUGAUUUUAGUUUCACUGCGGAGGUCUACGUCUAUGUUUUGCUUUUGCAGCCUCCUCAACAUCAUGCCGGUAGAAUUCCAAUGUGGAAAGAAUUUUUACAUUACAACGACCGUGAACUUCUACAACAGGCACCGGGGGCGAGUCGAUUUACGGAGAAAAGUUCAACGACGAAAAUUUAACGAUCGACCAGCACGUGAAGCGCGGUAUGCUGUCCAUGGCCAACGCGGGGCCGAACACCAACGGGUCGCAGUUUUUCGUCACUUUCAAGGACACCCCGCACCUGGACGGCCGGCACUGCGUGUUUGUAUCAAGUGCAAAAGUGUCUGGGUCUGGGAGAGUGUAAACUUGUCAUGCAGAUUCUCCAUGGCCCAUGAGGCCUGGAAUGCGGGACUUAGCAUGACAGACUCUGCGAGGUCUCUGCCAUGCCUAUCCUGCAUGAGAAACUCCCUCCAAACUUGGUCGAAAGUGGACAGCUUUUGGCACUCUUGCAACACAGAUUUUUGUAUGCUUCAGAUUUACCAUCUUCCAGACCCAGACAUUUUUACAUUUGAUAGUUCGGCGAAGUGGUCGAUGGGUUUGACGUUUUGGAGCUGGUGGAGCAGGCCGAAACAGCGGCGGGUGACAAGCCGGUCUAUCCUAUGUAAAAACAUCCCCACCCCCGAGUUGUCAUGCAGAUUUGCAACGACAAGAACACUUGUGAUGCGUAUCCCGAUGAUGGGCAUUUCCAGUCGUGUUUUGGAAUUCGUAAUGCUGUAAACAGGAUACGUAUCUCGAUUUGUAAUGCGGCUGUCCUUGCUAACCUGCACUACACGAAGGGUUGCAACUUGUCAUGCGUGGCGUCCAAAACUCCUGGAUCUGUGUUGCAGAGAUCCCAACUUAACUAUGGGGUGGGGACAUUUUUACACAGGAUACGGUCGAAUCGAUCAUCAUCAAGAGCUGCGGCGAAAUCAAGCCGAAAACCUGCGGGUGCUGCUAAAGGAAGAAGUAAUAUGCGAGUCAGGAGUUGUUGGUUCUUGCGCACCAGCUGUUUUUCUAAUUGGUUCUUGGCUGGGUCGUGCGUCGUGUGACAACGGUAAGAAGGUCGGGCCGAGAGGACCGGGAUCUUCUUCGUUCUCGGUGGAAUUUGCAGCUGCGUGAGAUGAAAGAGGAAUAUACUAGACUACGAGUAACGCAAAGUACUACCUACCAUAGUCUUCGUCAAAAAUGCCGUGCAAACGCCACCACUUGAUACGUGCCGCAGAGGACGUGCUGUACAGGAAAUAUUUGCUACAAGAACUACCCAGCCAUCUUCAUAAUGUCAACAACUUAAUUUAAAAAGCAAACAAAUCUAGCGACUACAGGACGUAUUUCCAGGAAAUCAUGAAAUGAAAUGAAACAUCAACUAGCUGCGCGAUAGGAUUAUUUUCGUUUUGAGACGACGAAAAUAUACAUGAAGCUUGGAAGUUCUUGCAACUUUACGGGGCAAAAAUCUAGCCACACGACAGGGGAUGCUUUCCUUCCUCUGCGCGAAGUAUUUUGAUGCUGUAAAAACUACCUACCCCAACACAGCAUCAUCAACAGAAACCUUUGCAUCCACAGAGACGUGACGCACAGUUUCUACGCAGAAGUACGCACGAGCGAGUAAAAAACGACAAGCACGACGAAAAAACAGCUAUAGAUUGAAGG